AUGGAUCAAUGCCAUUGCAAACGUUGCGGUAAAACAGUGACACGUGUUGAGGAUCACCCUUGCUUGUUCCACAAGAAAUUUGAUUACAGGUAUUCACAAUCACGGCCAGCAGAAUCGGAAAAACACCAUGAUGAAAUAAAAGACAAAACUACGGAGAAUUCGAAUGACAGUUCUCGGUGUUUAAGUCCAGCUUCAGGCAAAAACGAAAAUAAAAAAUCUCAGCUCAUGAAUUUGUUGCUGUUUCAAAAUAAUGAAAAAGAAAAAUCGCUUUCCUCAAAGAAAAACAUUGUUAAGACUUUUUCAGAGAAUUCUGGUAAGGAACAACAAAGGACUCCUUCUGAUAGUUCAUACUUUAAUCCUUUUUCGAAUGCUCAGUUGAUUGAAGUCCAAACUAAUGAAAAUGCAUCUUUUACUACUUCUUCAGGAAAUGUUGUAUCCGGUUACAGAACUGAAAACAACCAAUGCGAAGCUUACGAAAAAAUGAUCGUUGUCACCAGAACAAGUGCUAUCGAUAUGCAAAAGCAAAUAGGAUCAGAUUUGAUGCAUGCGACAACUGAUGAAGAAUAUAAGAUGUCUCUUGAAAAGAGAAAAUGGCAGACAUUAAAUAACGAUAAAAAUAGUUUUAUGGACUCUCUAGAAUGUGUAAUAAGAAAUUCUUUUUCAGAUAACAAAAAUGCUUCUGUAACUGCGAAUGUCAUUUUGGAACUUGAUCUCCCACCAGAAAGUAAGAAGCCAAGAAAUGACAAAAGGGGUGUAUCAGAGAAUAUAAAUAAACAUAUUGCACUGGAAGUGAACUCUCAUCUUUAUUAUAAGAACGGGAAAAGGGCUGCCAACGCGAAAGAAGCAAUAUGUAACAAGGAAGCUGACAAUGCUGUGGCUGGGCCUUCCGGAUUCAGUUCUCGUAAGAAGAAAUUGGAUAAGACCUCCAGUGAGAAAGAUGCUCUUAAAACAAAUGAUCGAAGAUACACAGCCUAUAAGCGCUUUUUUUGCGAUAUAUGCAAGAAGCAGUUCUCUCAAAAAUCAAGUCUCAACCGACAUUACAUAACCCACACAGGCGAAGCGCCUUAUGUAUGUGAUGUAUGCGGAAAAAUUUUUUCUCAGAAAACCGAUUUCAUCAUCCAUCAUCGAUUCCACACCGGUGACAGACCCUUCGUGUGCGAAGUCUGUAAUAAAGGUUUUGCUCAUAAAGGGAAUCUUAUUGCACAUUUAAAGAUGCACACUGGAGAAAAGCCUUUUGUAUGUGAUGUUUGUAAUGAAGCUUUCGCUCAAAAGGGUACUCUUCAAACGCAUGCUCGUACCCACACUGGAGAAAAGCCUUUUGUAUGUGAUGUUUGUAAUGAAGCUUUCGCUCGAAAGGGUACUCUUAAAACACAUGCUCGUACCCACACUGGAGAAAAGCCUUUUCUAUGUGAUGUUUGUAAUGAAGCUUUCGCUCAAAAGGGUACUCUUAAAACACACGCUCGUACCCAUACUGGAGAAAAGCCUUACAAGUGUCCAAUUUGUGGAAUGGCUUUCACGACCAGCAGCCUUUGUAAUAGGCAUCGGAGAAGAGUGCAUAAGUGA